AUGGCAGACCUCAACGUCGAGGAAGUGCUGAAGAAGCUUUCUCUGUCUGAGAAGGUCGAUCUUCUAUCGGGCAUUGACAUGUGGCACACAAAGGCUUUGCAUCACCAUGGGAUACCUACAGUCCGCACCUCAGAUGUGGGUCCCAAUGGAGUCCGCGGAACCAAGUUCUUCAAUGGCAUCAAAGCUGCUUGCUUUCCCUGCGGUACAGCGCUUGGUUCAACAUUCAAUCUUAAGCUUUUGGAGGAGGCGGGAAAGUUGAUGGGCGAAGAAGCUAGAGCUAAGGGAGUGCAUGCCAUCCUGGGUCCGACCAUCAACAUGCAGAGAUCACCUCUAGGCGGCCGAGGCUUUGAGUCGUUAGGCGAGGAUCCAUUCUUGGCCGGACUCGGAGCUGCAGCUCUCAUCAAUGGGAUUCAAUCUAAGGGGGUCCAGGCAACGAUCAAGCACUUCGUUGCAAAUGAUCACGAGCAUAAGAGAAAUGCUGUCCAAGUUAUGAUUACAGAACGAGCUCUCCGUGAGAUUUAUGCCUUGCCCUUCCAACUAGUUGUUCGGGAAUCCAACCCAGCAGCAUUCAUGACGGCAUACAAUGGCGUCAAUGGGACAUACUGCAGUGAAAACGAGAAACUGUUGGACAAGAUGCUACGCGGAGACUGGGGUUGGGAGGGUCUUGUCAUGAGUGACUGGUGGGGAACUUACAGUACAACUGAAGCUGCUCUGGCUGGGCUUGAUCUAGAAAUGCCGGGCCCGACCCGGUUUCGCGGUGAUAUGCUCAAGUUCAAUGCUCAAACAGACAAAGUACGGGAGCAUAUCAUCACCCAGCGAGCUAAGACUGUACUUGAGUUCGUCAAGAAAUGCUAUGCUAGUGGCAUUCCAGAGAACGGUGAGGAAGGCACACUUGAUACCCCAGAGACAGCUGCAGUUCUUCGCAAAAUUGGAAAUGAAGGAAUAGUUUUAUUGAAAAACGAGGGCGAUGUGUUGCCUUUCAAGAAGGAAAAGAAGACUGUCAUCAUUGGGCCGAAUGCCAAGAUUGCAACAUACCACGGCGGAGGCUCAGCAUCGCUCGCCUCAUACUACGCAAUCACCCCUUUUGAUGGGAUCACAAGCAAGCUGACCCACCCUCCUGAAUACACAGUGGGGCAGUACUCACAUCUGAUGCUCCCUCCAUUGGGAUUCACAACAACUUCUGCGAAGGGAAACCCAGGAAUGACGAUGAAGAUAUACAACGAAGGUCACCAUGUGUCUGGCAGGACGCCCUUCCAUGAAAUCGAGAUCCUCAAGACAGACAUGUUUCUCGUCGAUUACCACCACCCGGAUCUGAAGUCUGAGCUGUUCUAUGCCACACUGGAAGGGUCUUUCGUUGCAGAUGAGGACUGCUCAUACGAACUAGGUCUUGUGGUUUGUGGAAGUGGAAAUCUAUACGUCAACGGAGGACUGGCUAUUGAGAACACCGAAAAGCAGACCCUGGGGAGUGCUUUCUUCGGAUGCGGUACUAUUGAGGAGAAGGUGUUCCACAAGUUGGAGAAGGGAAAGAAGUACGAUUUCAAGCUUGAAUGGGCCUCAACGCCGACUUCUAAGCUGGCCGACCAAGCCGUGCUGAUGAGAGGGGGUGCCAUACGUCUUGGUGGCUGUAAGGUUAUAGAUCCGAAGGCCGAGAUUGAAAAGGCGGUGGCCUUGGCAAAGGAUGCGGAUCAGGUCAUUAUUUGCGCUGGUCUGAAUGCAGACUGGGAAACCGAGGGUGCGGAUCGCGAGAACAUGAGCCUACCGCCAGGUAUUGACGACCUUAUAUCCGCUGUUGGUAAAGCGAACUUGAACACAGCGGUUGUCAUGCAAUCUGGUACACCUGUGGAGAUGCCCUGGAUUAAAGAUGUCAGUGCUGUGAUUCAAGCCUGGUAUGGAGGAAAUGAAACAGGCAACACCAUAGCGGACGUCUUGUUCGGCGAUGUCAACCCGUCUGGUAAACUCAGCCUCAGUUUCCCUGUAAGGGUACAGGAUAACCCAGCAUUCUUGAACUACCGAACUGAGGGUGGUCGUGUACUCUACGGGGAAGACAUCUAUAUUGGAUAUCGAUACUACGAGUAUGCUCAGAGGGAAGUUUUGUUCCCCUUUGGUCACGGGUUGAGCUAUACGACGUUUGCAUUCUCGGACCUCUCUGUUGUCGAGAAGGGCGGCAAGAUCACGGUCACCGUCAAAGUUACGAACACAGGCAAAGUCCGCGGAGCAGAAGUGGCCCAGGUAUACGUCGCUCCGAAACAGAAGUCCAAAGUCAACCGUCCUUUCAAGGAGCUCAAGGGCUUCUCAAAGGUCGAGCUCGCACCUGGGCAAGCCGAGACAGUAACAAUCGAAGUGGACUCCAAGUACGCUGCAGCAUACUGGGAUGAGGAGCGGGACCAGUGGUGCGUGGAGGCCGGUGACUAUCAGGUCAUCGUAGGCGAUAGCAGUGGGGGGGAGAGCGCAAAGAUGGUGGAGGCAACGUUCAGUGUCGAGGACACGUAUUGGUGGACUGGUUUGUAA